CGGCGCACUUUCAGUUGGAUUCUGAGCGAGGCCCAGGCGGCAGCAACUCUUCGAAAAGCAGCAGCGGCAAACCUAGGACCCGAGAACCAAAGCAGGACCAAAGCAGCAGCAGCAGAGAAGCAGAGGCAGCGGAAAGAGCAGAAGGGAAAUGGACCCAGCAGCAGUAGAGAGUGGAAAGAAAGUGCUAGGGAAACUAGCUCCUCGCAGUGGUGUGUGAAUUUAUGUAUCCGUGUUAGUGCCAGUGCCAGUGCCAGUGCCAGUGAGUGUCCUGUGUGCUGUGUGUACAUAUAAUUGUGGUUGCUCCGAAGGAAAAGCAUCGCCGGGAUGGCGAUGAUGAUGAUGAUAAUGGCCGCGACUACCAGACUCAUUUAGUGUGCUCAAAUGGAAGACUGAGCUCACGAGCAGCAGCAGGAGCAGGAGGCAAGUGGAAAGAACUCGCACUGAUUGACGCACAGCAGCCAGAACCAGCCGCCGCACUGGCGUCGUUUUGCGAACGCGGCCUGAUGCCCGACUCGAUGAUGGACAUGGAGCAUCGGGGGGACCAUCAUCAGCAGCAGCAGCAGCGCCACCAGCAGCCGCCGCGUAUGACGAUGACGGCCAGCACGAGCACCUUUGCCCCGCCGGCACCGCCAGCCGCCGUAGCUCCACCGCCCAUUGAUCAGAGGGAUCGGGACCAGCACCACCAGCAUAACCACCACCAGGCCUCGUCCCCAUCCACGGGCCCGAUGAUGCAACACCCAUCGCAGCCGCCACCGCAGCAGCAGUCCAACAUGCAGCAGCAGCAGCAGCCCCAGAUCCGGGAGCGGGAGAACCACCAGCAGGCACCACCGCAACAGCAGCAGCAACAACAGCAGCAACAACAGCAGCAGCAGCAGCCAAUUCAGGUGCAGCAAUUGCAGCUGCCCGUCGGACACCAUGCUCUGAUGCAGCAAUCGCAGCAGCAGCAGGCCAUCCACCGGGCCGAGGCGCGACGAGAUACACAAGCAAAACAUUCCCACGGAUUUCUCUAUUCGGACGAGGAAAUCAGCGACAAGGCCUCAACAUGCGGCAAACUUCUCAUCUUUCUAUCCGUGGCAUUAGUGAUAAUGACUCUGCCCUUUAGUCUUUUCGUCUGUUUCAAGGUGGUGCAGGAGUACGAGCGGGCGGUUAUCUUCCGUUUGGGCCGUCUCAUGCAGGGCGGUGCCAAGGGCCCAGGUAUCUUCUUCAUCCUGCCCUGCAUCGACUCGUAUGCCCGUGUGGAUCUGCGUACCCGCACCUACGAUGUGCCGCCACAAGAGGUUCUCACAAAGGAUAGCGUUACGGUUUCGGUGGAUGCAGUGGUUUACUAUCGCGUAUCAAAUGCAACGGUCUCUAUAGCGAACGUGGAGAAUGCUCACCAUUCGACCAGACUACUGGCACAGACUACUCUACGAAACACAAUGGGAACUCGGCAUUUGCAUGAGAUACUCAGCGAGCGUAUGACGAUUUCCGGCACAAUGCAGGUUCAACUCGACGAAGCCACCGAUGCCUGGGGCAUCAAAGUUGAACGUGUUGAAAUCAAGGACGUGCGUCUACCCGUGCAACUGCAACGCGCCAUGGCCGCCGAGGCGGAGGCUGCCCGUGAGGCACGCGCCAAAGUCAUUGCCGCCGAGGGCGAGCAGAAGGCAUCGCGGGCACUGCGUGAGGCAUCCGAGGUGAUUGGCGAUUCGCCGGCUGCCCUUCAACUCCGGUAUCUGCAGACACUCAACACCAUAUCCGCGGAAAAGAACUCGACGAUUGUGUUCCCCCUGCCCAUCGAUUUGAUAACGUAUUUCCUGAAGACCAAUGAAGCCUCCACCCAGCGGAAAGCGGCCAAUGCCAGGGAUGCCCUCGGCUAUACGCCGCCUCCACUGCAACUACCGCCUCAGCAGCAGCAGUACCAGCAGCAGCCUAUGUACUCCCAGCAGCCGCAGCAGCAGCAGUACCAACAGCAGCCUCAAGACCAGCAGAUGCAGAUGCAGCAGCAACAGCCGCAGCAGCAGCAGCAGCAGACACACACUCCGCCGCUGCAACAAACUCCGCAGCAGCAGCAGCAAAUUCAGGCCCAGCCGUAUCAACAGCAGCAGGAGCAGCAGCAGAUAUCCUCGGCCAUGUAA